AUUCACUUCAUUUACAAUCAAUGCUGAAAAUUUGGAGUUAGAUGUCAUAGGCACUUUAACUCGUGGGUUUUAAAGGUCUUCCUUUCAAAGCCUAAUGUAACUGCGUUUAUUUUAAAACAUAUUUCUCAUUAUUAAACUGGUCGAUAAGAUUUUUUUAGACUAACUUCUGAUUCGUCAGAGGUGAAAACGAAACUUAACUAAACAACAGGCAUGAGCGUGACCAGGCACUCCCAGGGUCGACUUGACAUGAAAUUCGGAGCGACAUCCUGUUUGUAGUACUAGGAAUUCUAAAUUUUGCUUCUGACGCAGUUAGGUGAAGCCGGUCGGUAAAUACAUUGAUUAUAUAUAAUGUAUACCGGUAUUCAAAGGGGCAAACAAUUCACAGGAUCCUACUUUUCCUAACUGCUCAAUAGCCUGUAUGAAAGGUAAAUAUUGGGCCACUCAACUGGAAAUAUUUAUAGUUCAAUAACCAUUGAUAUUGAAAGAGCUAUGAUGCUAGCACCUGGAGAGUUAGUAUUGAUUACUUUACUGAUUUUAUUAUCGAUAAUUACUAUUAUUGGGAAUGCUAUAGUAAUACUAGUAGUGCUUAAAGAUCCAUGUCGAGAUCUUAAGACUGCUGCGAUCGUGUUCAUCGUCAACCUAGCUAUCGCAGACCUGCUUCUUGGACUUGUUAUCGAGCCGAUCUAUUGUGUUUUUUUACUCAGCUCGGUGUCUACACAGAACCUUGAUCGUAUAUCUUCACUUCUAGCAUUCGCAGUUGAAGCUUCUUGUCUGACUUUAGUGGCGCUUGCCAUUCAAAGAUGGAUUAUUGUUGAGAUGCCUCUUAGAGCGUUGAAAAUCCAGACACCAAGACGACUUGCAAUUACUAUCGCCGUCAUAUGGCUUUUGGCUGGAUUUCUAGCUAGUUUGCCGUGGUUAAACAUCAAGUACAUUGAUUAUGACAUUGAUUAUGACUUUUUUAUGUUCGAUAUCGUGGGCUCAUUACUAUGUAUCACGCUAAUGUGUGUCUAUGGAAGAAUAUGGGUUCUGGUACGACGGUCUACGAGGUUUCGUAUGAAGUUCACUGAAAUCAAUAAUACUGUAGCUGAAAGGCAACCUUUCGUUUUAGAAAACCAAGAACAAGUCAUCAGAAAAGAAAGAAUCCGAGAAGCAAAGGUGACCCAACUGUUUUAUCUCGUGUGUGGAGCUUUCAUUAUUUGCUGGAUGCCAGCAUCAUUGUACGUCAAUAUAAACAAAAAGGACGAAACCAUUGGCUUCAGGAUUUGUUUAUUAGCUGGCUUGUUGAAUUCUGCUUUGAAUCCUUUGAUUUAUUCCCUACGAAAUGACAGGUUUAGAAAAGCAUUAAGAACUGAGAUGCGGCAAAGAACCUGCCGAACACGAUAGCUGAAACUCACCCACGCAUGCGUUCCCAGAUCCUCCUCGAAUGUCGUUCCCCCCGUCAGAGGCUCUACCCUACAAGCGGAAGCAAGGAAUAUUGCGACCACGUCCUCAAGGCGCAUGCUCGAACUCUUCCCAAGACAAGCAUGAACAAGCCUUUGGCUUUGUGAAAUCUACAAAUGCGAACAAAAACAUCUGUUUGUCUUCGAUCUUAUCCAAACAAAAAGUAGAUCUAUUGUUCUUCUUAAAAGCCAAUCAAAUUGCGAGAAUUUGUAGGGUUUCCCAGAGCUUCUGACGGGGAGGAACGACAAACGAGAAUGUAUCAUUCUCGUACCCGGAGCUCCUCGGCUUUGUUCCUACCCGUCAGAGUAGAAACGAGACAAGGAACUCAGGGUAGGAUAAGGAUCAUUUAUUUUACGUCAAUGACACACGGAGUGGUGCCCAAUCUCACGAGACAGGGGCUCAUGUUAAAAGUGCUUGACAACACCUCGGAUUACAUAUAUAAUAAAUUAUAAAAAUAUGCUUAUUAAUUAUGAACUGCAUUAAAUUAACUGCAUAGGUUAUCUGAAUAAAUUGGAGAAGUAAGAAAGAAAGAAAAGAAAAUGACAUAUAUAACAAAGUGGAUUAAAGUGCCUAUAGCGUUUAAGGGCGGGGUUACACAUAAGAGUAAACAAGGCGCCCGGCUCAUGAUCAAGAUACUAACCAUUUCUUUUGAGUUGCUUUGUCCCAAAUAUCGUCGUAUAAAUAGUAUUAAUAGUAUGACUAGCUUUCGUUGUUAAUUUAGGACAGUUUCUUGAUUUUUCCUUUGUCUAUUGUACGUAUAUUUAUUAUUUUGGUUAUUGUCAAUAUGGCAGGGAUUCAUUUUUCGGGUUAGGUUAAUUACUCUGAUAUUGAGACCGGGACGGGAUGUUUAGGUGUUUAGUAGGGACCAAGUGUCCUAUUGUGUUCUUCACCUGCCUUUAGGCAAAUCUUGAAAUAAUAAAUAAAUAAAUUAGUAAUUUCUUGUC